GCUUCCUCUGGCCCCAAGCAGUCAGAUACCCACGUACCCACGUACCCUUCUACCCUUCUACCACUCACUUAGUCGUGCAGUCAAGCACCCCGCAUUUGUUCUUCAGUUCUUCUCCUGCCUUCCUUUGACGCGUACGCUUCCAUCGAUCCACACUCACUCGCACAAGCACAAACCUUGCUAGAAAAUGCUUUUGAAACAAACCACCGUCGUUUCCAUACUGUCGUUGCUUUCUCUCACUUUGGCUGCUCCUUUCGAGCACCACAAGCACUUCAGACACGCUAAGAGAGACGCUGACGCAGAUGUCGUCACCGUCACCGUGCAGCAAAACCAGAACUUCUACGAACAGUCCUCCUCCGAUCCUGCUGCAGCCCCUUCGUCCUCCGCCUUCAACGAAUACCAGUAUCAGCCACAAGCAGCCUCCAGCUCAGCAUCAUACGGUCCCGUCUACAGUUCAGCGGCUCCUGCAGGAAACAACGGGUACCAGGGUGCAUCCUCAGCCACUACUGCUCAAUCCUCGUCAGCUCCUUCUUCUUCUUCGGCCCCUAGCCCGGGCGAUGGAUCUGUCGGAUCUUACGCCCAACAAGGUAAGGGAAUCACGUAUUCUCCAUACAGCAACAACGGAGCAUGCAAGUCAUCUUCGGAGAUCCAGGCCGACAUGGCCACUCUGUCCUCCUUCAGCGUGAUCAGAAUCUACGCCCCAGACUGUUCGGUCGUUUCGGCCAUGCUGUCCAGCAUGGGCUCCAACCAACAAAUUUUUGCAGGUCUUUACUACAUGGAAUCGUUAGAAACAGAUGUUCAGACCUUGGCAGAACAAGUGACGUCCUCCUCUCGUGGUUGGGACGCCAUCUACGCAGUCGCUGUCGGUAACGAAUGGGUCAACUCCGGUGCAUAUGAUGCCGGAACCGUUGUCUCUGCUGUCUCCAAGGGACGUUCCUUGCUAUCUUCCAAGGGCUUUAAUGGUAAAGUCGUCACUGUUGACACUGUUCCAGCCUACCAAUCCAACCCUUCUCUUUGUGAAGCUUCAGACUUUGCUGCCGUCAACCAACACGCUUUCUGGAACGGUAACACCGCUCCUGAAGACUCCGGUAGCUUCAUUCAGAACUCUGUUUCCUCCAUGAAGUCCUUAUGCAACAAGGACGUUCUGAUUUGCGAAACAGGUUGGCCAACCCAAGGUAGCACUUUCGGCUCCCAAGGUGUCCCAGGAACCUCACAACAGUUGGCUGCUGUCAAGAGUAUAGCAGAAGCAGUCGGUGAGAGUGUCAUCUUCUUUACAACUUUCAACGAUCCAUGGAAGCAACCUGGUGCUUACGGUGUCGAACAAUACUGGGGACUGUUCGAUUAAACUGUUAGAAUUUGCAUCAUCAUAAAUUACAUUUAGUUGUUUUUCUCUGUAUAUGGAUAUUCAUUUAUUAUCCAACGCGUUCAUUUACUUUCUUUUACUUUCUUUACUUGAUUCUAUUUUCUACAAUCCUCUCCUUCAAGUAACACUGUUAUAGUAGUUUAUAAUCAC